UGUAUUGUCUUAUUGUUAAAGUUCAUAUAUUAUAUUUGUUAAAUAUGUGCAUUUUAUUUAAAUAGAUUGAGAGCAAAGUUUAUUUUUAAAGAAUUGUAUUUUGCAGAUAUGAGAUUUUUUUCUUUCUUUUCAAAAUAAAACUUUUUGGGUCAAAGGAUUUAGUGACUAAACUUUUUCAAACAGGAUGUGCAUUUUUAUGCAUUUGUUUUUUUGUUUGACUCGGGCUGCACUGUCAGUGAACUGCACGCUGCAGUGUGGCAGCCAGGCUGAUAACGCAUUCAUGUGGAUGACAGUCGUGGUCCAGGUGGAUUUUUACACUCUUUAACACCUUAACAUCAAUCUGUCUCAAAUUGUCAGUUUCCAUCGUGAACAUCUGACACUGCUCAGUCCUCCACACAAACUCUAAUAUGCGUCCAGACGAGUAUUGACAGGAUCCCGGCACACUAAGAUUUUUAACAAAGUUGAGUUUCCAAUAUGGUAGGAGAGGUUGUUGUUGUUGAGCGGAUUGUUGUCAUGUCCCCGCAGUGCCUGUAGUGGUGCUGUGAUGAGUCUGCCCUGGACCCAACAAAAAUCCUCAGCAGCCUACCUACUGCUUGUAAUUCGCGGUGGAUAGUUCUAUUUUUACAUUCAUCGUUAUUUCAAGAGAAAUCCAACUCGAUGAAGACCAUCGCUAACAACCUAUCUGGACGAUCGAUGCGCAAAUAGCCUAGCUGAUUCUAUUAGACAUUUCAGCGGUCUGUCUGGAGCGAAUACCUUUGGCAGCCUAUACCAAUUCAAGCUGAUGUCAAGGACAAGAGUAACGUGAUGUAUGAAGGCAAACACAUACACUUCUCAGAGGUGGACAAUAAGCCGUUGUGCUCAUAUAGUCCGAAGCUGUGCAAACAGCGCAGACUAAAUGGGUACGCGUUCUGCAUCCGGCAUGUUCUGGAGGACAAGACGGCUCCCUUCAAGCAGUGUGAAUAUGUGGCAAAGUACAACAGCCAGCGGUGUACCAACCCCAUCCCAAAGUCUGAGGAUCGCAGGUACUGCAAUAGCCAUCUGCAGGUUCUCGGCUUUAUACCGAAGAAGGAGCGGAAAAAGAAGCACGAUGCUUUGGAGGAGAUGCGCCCUCGAGCUCACUUGGAGUCAGUAGCUCUCAACAUAACUGUUCCCUCUUUAGUUCUGAAAGCUCCCAAUGGCAUUGAGGACCUUCCACCAUCUCCCCCCUGUGCACGUCUGUUACCCCUCCCCGACGGGGAGCUACUGGACCCUUUUGCCUUUUACGAGGACGAUACAGAUGGCGACGAGGUGGGCACUCCUCGAAAGAACAGUGCUCUGAAGAAAAAACUACAGAGUCGGCUGGUGCUCAAUCAGAAACUCUGUCAUGACAACGUUUUCCAGCCACCUCCUGAGCACUUUACCCCCUCUCCCAUCCCGCGGGUGCGGCCCUCAUCCCCGCUCAACACUCAUCUCCAGAGGCAGCAACCAGGUCUUCUCCAGCAGUGUCAGCACUCCAGCGCAACUUCCUUCACCUUCCCAGGGCAGCAGCAGGGUCUAUUAUGCAAUCCACCACCACCUCAGACGGUCAACUUUCUGCCUCCAGGGGUGCCUGCCAACGCGGCGCCCAGUCCGGGGCAACACGCCGGACCAUCGCUCGGCAGGAAAACGCUUUUCACUGCGACUCAGUUGCCCAACUGCAAGGACGACGGCAGCAACAAUCAGCAGCAUGUGGUCGUCAUGCGUCCAAAGGCCUUCACACCUUCAGUCAGCUGCCUGGCCAGGCUGCAACACCUGGUGCAGAUCUGUGCCAAGAGACAUAGAGAGCAUGGAGACCUCUUUCCUCAUUUUGGGUUGGACUGGUCAGAGGACAGUGGAGAUGAUGACAUUGAAGAGGCAGAGGGAUUCGCUCCUUCUCAGGUGUUCAGGCCGCCAAACGGGCUGGACGAAGACGGCGGAUGCUCGCGGAGAACGCGACUCCUUCGGCUCUGCUCAUACCUCCAGGAGAAAUACAAGCACAUGUGUCGGCAGGAGAGGGCGCGCAUUCGACAGAAGAGAUAUCGCUACGUGUUUCGUAAAGCCUUGCUGCACGCCGCCAGCAGCAACCCCGACUGUGCGGGGCAGCUGAUGCAGGAGUUGAACGGUGGAUCACACACCGCCACGUGUUUGUCUCCAACGAGGCGGCAGAGCUCAGAUCCAGGGACUUGCACCGGCAACACCAAAGGUCACACCUGCAGCAACAGAGCUCUGCCCUUCACCCAACACUGCUUUCAGCAUAUUCUGUUGAAUCGUUCCCAGCAGCUCUUUGCGAGUUGCACGGCCAAGUUUGCGGAUGGUCAGCAGUGCUCCAUCCCCGUGUUUGACAUCACGCACCAGACCCCCCUCUGUGAAGAGCAUGCCAAAAAGAUGGACAACUUCCUCCGAGGUGACGGAAACCGGCGAGUGCAACACCAGCAGCAACAGCGAAAGCCACGGAAAAAGACCAAACCGCCGGCACUCACCAAAAAACACAAAAAGAAGCGGAGGAGAGGGCCCCGGAGGCCCCAGAAACCCAUCCCCCCGGCGCUGCCCCAGAACCUCGGAAUGCCCCUGUCGAGCCUGGCGAUGCCCUCGCACACCAGCGUCAGGAGUCCUUCAACUCCGGACCUGAGUGCGGACGAGCUUCCUGAUGAUAUCACCAAUGACAUCACAGACAUUCCAAAUGACCUCGAGCUAAACCAUGAAGAUUUCUCCGACGUGCUACCGAGGCUACCGGACGACCUGCAGGACUUUGAUCUGUUUGAAGGUAAGAACGGCGAGCUACUGCCCACCACGGAGGAAGCGGAGGAGUUGGUACGAGCUCUGCAGGCUAUGGGCUCCUACCCGGACUCGCUGGUGUGCCUGACCUCCAUCGGAGACCUGGCGGCGGCCGACGGCGUGGACCACAGAGCGAUGCCGGUGUUUCCCGGGCCGGUUCAGCAGGGAGGCAUCGGAGAUCUGCUCAACAGCCGCAUCCCUGCAGAGAACUUCCCCUCCCUGGAGUUGGAGGACAAUCUCCUGCAGUCGACCGGUGACCACUUUCCUCCGUCACCGCCAUCCCAACCCCCCAACCACCCCCCAACCAUGUCCUCCUCCUCCGCCAUCGCCCCCUCCACCACCUCCCUGCUCACCCAGACCUCGCUCACGGAGCACGCGUUUUCUCGGACAAAAGCGUCCCACGUUCUGGCGAAACCGGAAACGUCCACUUCCUCCCCCCAAAGCAGCCACUACAGCGGGGAGCACGUGUCGACCCCGCCCAGCGACCACAUUUCUUCCCCCCACACCAGCUCCUUCACGACAGACACCCCGCUUCUGCUGGAGGUCCCUCUCAGCGGCGUGCCGGGGCCCCCGCGGUCCAUGUGGAACAACCUCCCCCUCCCCCUCACCGAUCCUACCCAGUUCGGCAGCCUCAUCAGGUCAGAGAGUCAUCUCAUCUCCACCGCUCUGUCCACGCCCCCCGCCACCAGCCACUCCGUGGCGCUGCAGCCCAUGCCCGCCCUCUCAGCGAUGCCCCAGAGUGCCAUGACAGGUCUGACGGCCCCCCCAACGCCUUCGUCCUCGCUCCCAUCCUCCUCACACGACCUGCUGACCUCCACACAGCCCAAGCAGCAGCUCCCUCAGUUCAGCGCGGCCUUCGGCCAUCAACUGGCCUCCCACAGUGGCAUCCCAAAAGACGUUCAGCCCAGCCAUAGCUCCACGGCGCCGCCUGCUGGCUUCUCCAUCGUUGGUGCCACCGCUGCAAGUGCCAACAGCGCCACGCCGCCCUUCACGCAAAGCAAAUGAGGGCGUCGCAGCGUGGACCCAACAAUCCGGCAAAGGCGGCCGUCGACCCCGCAGCGUGGUUACGGUGCACUAUUUGACAGUGAAUUUGCACAACGUUCCUCAACAUUUUUCCAUUUGUUUUCCCUCCACACCCUCCUUCUUCUCCGUUCGGAGCCCCGCGGGUUGGUCAGCGUCGUGGAAAAACCCCUCAGAGAUCACAGAAACCUCGCUUCGCCGCUAACAUCCUUCUGGGAGAGACGCCAGCUGAACCAUGCCUUGCUCAAAACUCACUUUUUUAAAGUGUUUCACCACAAACUGUUGGGACAUUUUUGUAAACACCCCCCUACCCAUAAAUGUUUUAAAGCUGUAUACCUGUUAUCAUAAUAUAGAGUCAAGAUUUCAGCCGUUAUGAAUUUACCAAAAUACUUUUAAACAGCCAAUUUUAUAUUGUUGUUUGUCGUGUAAGUGCUCAUUAAUCGUCAAAAAUCUCUGACCUCACCAUUGCUUGUGGCCCUCUGAGCAGCCUAGUAGACACUUGAAGGUAAAUCUACGUUCUUAAAGCAAUAAACAACACCACCCUAGA